ACUGGCCGGAUAAAAUUUGUUAGAGGGAGUACGUACGUAUAUGAGGAGCUAGCUAGCUAGCAUGCGACCGACCACUAAGCUAUGGACGGAGAAUCCGAGAAGAAUGGCGGUAGUAAGUAUGAAGCAGUGGCGGAACGGUGCCGGAAUCUGGAGGCGAGCUUGGCCACGCUCCGGGAACAGUUCCACGAACUUUCUUCUGGCGGCAGCGGCCGCCAAGAGCAGAUGAUGAUGGCGGCGGCGGCAGCGUCAGCUGAUUUGGCAGCAGCCGCAGGGCGAGGCGGCGACGAUGCGAGGUGGUUGUCGUCGUCAUAUCCGGGAUGGGGUAACGUCAGUGGGGCUUUCCUUUCCGGCGGGAGCCCGUACAAGAAGAUAUUGGAUUGCAUGGGCCACGCACUUCACGUUUCCAGGCCCACCUCCACUCACGACAUCAUCUACUGGAACAAAUGUGCUGAAAAACUGUAUGGAUACAAGGAGGAUGAAGUACUGGGGGAGAGUGGAAUAGAGCUGCUGGCGAGUGAGGAAGAUGAUCAUGAAUGGAUUAGAAGCAUAGAGGAGCGGAUACGGUCGCGCAACGAUUCCUGGUCGGGUCUCUUUCCCUGCAAGAAAAGGUCCGGUCACACAUUCAUGGCAAUGGUGACAAAGACUCCACUGUAUGACGACGACGACGAUGAUGAGGUUUCGGGCGUGAUCACUGUUUCAAGUGAUGCCUCUAUAUUGAACAUCGCGGUUUCGCCAACAUUGUAUCCCAGACGCUUCCGAAAAACACCCCAUUCCCGCCCCCCUGUUGCAUCAUAUGUCGCCAAUUUGGCAGCAGCGAAGGUCUUCUUCUCAAAGCUGAACAUCGCGGGGAUUGUGAAACUGGGGAAGGACAAGUUUGGGAACAAAUAUCAGCCAAAUGGUUGCCGCCUCUCCAGUUCAGCAAGCAAGGAAGCAGCUGCUGGCUAUAUACCUACACACACUCCCAUUAUUAAUAUUGAAAACAAAAUGUUGUCAAGAGAUGCAAUUCAGCAGCCACAGCCGCAGUUAGAAUACAAUCCACAGUCUCCAAAGAAGGUGGAGCUUGUUGUGGGCAGUAGCAACAGAGACGAUUUGCUAAACAAAAUUAAGAAUCGGAUUGGAAACUAUGAAAUUCGAUGGGAAGAUAUAAGCUUGAAGGAGGAGAUUGGGCAAGGUUCAUUUGGCACCGUGCAUCGUGGGAUCUGGAAUGGAUCGGAUGUGGCGGUGAAGGUUUAUCGUGGACAAGAAUUUAGCGAGGGAACCUUGCUCGACUACAAGAAAGAGAUUGACUUAAUGAAGAGACUUAGGCACCCAAAUGUGUUGCUAUUUAUGGGGGCAGUUUCAUCACAAGAAAAAUUAGCCAUUAUAACAGAAUUCUUACCCAGGGGAAGCCUAUUCAAAACACUACACAAGAACAGCCAACAUCUAGACAUCAGGCGACGUCUAAGGAUGGCACUGGACGUGGCUCGAGGCAUGAAUUAUUUGCAUACUAGGAAUCCACCCAUAGUGCAUAGAGACCUGAAAUCUUCAAACUUACUCGUUGACAAGAGCUGGACAGUGAAGGUGGGAGAUUUCGGGCUGUCAAAACUGAAAAACGCGACGCUGCUUAGUGCUAGAUCUGGGAGAGGAACUCCCCACUGGAUGGCUCCUGAAGUCCUUCGAAAUGAACAUUCAACUGAGAAGUGUGAUGUGUUCAGUUUCAGCGUCGUUUUGUGGGAAUUGAUGACGGAGUCCAUACCUUGGAGCACACUUAGCCCGUUACAGGUUGUGGGAGUAGUGGGGUUCAUGGACAGGAGACUGGAGGUUGGAGAAGACAUGGAUCCCAGGGUGUCUUCCAUCAUUCAAGAUUGUUGGCAAAGCGUCCCGGAACAUCGGCCAUCCUUUCACGACAUCAUCCCCAGGGUGGUGGAUGUCAUUCAGGCGUAUAGCACCGGGAAAAGCUCAGGUUCUUAAUCGUCGAUCAUCAUAUGACUGGAACUGGGAGCUACCAUCUGUCAUUUCCCGUUUUUUUGCAUUCUGUUGUUGAAUGUUGAUGCAGUUCUGGAACGUUAAACUGUUCUUCACAGUCACUAGUCCAUGAUACGACACAAAUUUAAGAUGAACCAAAUUUAAGAUCCACGUGACUCCGGUACCACAGAGGUUUGUACUGUGCACAAAUGAUGAUCUAAAUUGCACAAUUUUAUCAGGUCAAAUGAAGAGCCAUAUGGGAG